AUGAUAAAAAUUAAUUGCAAAUAGUUACGAGGUUAUCGGCGUGUCAAUGAAAUGCGUUAUAAUUAUAAUCAUUUCGUUCUCAGUAAUAUUGUAAAUAGAAGACUCGAAAGCUGCGAGAAGAUGUCGCACUUCAGAAAUAGUGGAAAAUGUUGUCUAUUCUUGAUUCUAAUUCUUAUUACGAUACAAUUGACGACAGCGAUUGAUAAUGAUGACCGAAUUCGCGAAAUUUGCACCAAUAUUUGGAAGGAAAAAAAGCACGAAUUGCAAUGCUACUGCCCGCCAGGAAUUCCUUCGCCACCACCUUGGAAAGGAGAACCCGGAUUUCCUGGUCUUCCGGGAGUAAAAGGCGAACCCGGAAAUUCUGGUCUUCCUGGAGCAAAAGGAGAAUCAGGAUUUCCUGGUCUCCCAGGACUUCCGGGUCAAAAAGGAGCAAGAGGUGAUUCUGGAUAAAAUUACCAUUUUUUCCCCACUCUCCAAUAAAUUGCAAAAUAUUUCUUUUCGAAAAAAGAAUAAUAGUAAAAUAAUUGUAAAUUUUUCUUUUUUGACCAAAAAUAAAAACUAAUAAAAAUUCCGAAAAUCAUAGAUAAAAUAAAAAUCACAAUAAUAAUAGAUAAUAAAAAUUUCGAAAACAAUGGAUAAUAAAAAUUCGAAAAUAAAUUCUUUCUAUUUGUAUAAGAAUUAUAAGAAAGGAUAGAAAUAAAUUUGAUUAAUUUUCGCAUA